UCGCAAGCGCUUUGGAUGCAAUCGAGGCUCAGCUCCAGAACGAGGUAUACCGAGUUACAUGUGUUCGCGGAAGGUGUGAGCUGAAAAUCCUCCUCAAUGCAGAAGCGCAUCAAGUUACCAGUGACUGCACUGAAUGAGCACAUCAUCUGCAAAUUAUGCAAUGGAUAUCUUAUUGAUGCAGCAACUAUCACAGAAUGUUUGCACACUUUUUGCAAGAGCUGCUUGGUAAGACAUAUUGAACUUGUGAAUCGAUGUCCAACAUGUAACAAUCAAAUUCAUGAAUCACAGCCACUCUACAACAUCAGGCUUGACAGAACCAUGCAAGACAUUGUUUACAAACUUCUUCCAAAAGUAGAGAAGGAGGAAAAACGCAGAGAGCGAAAGUUUUACAAAGACAGAGGAAUGCCUUAUCCAGACCCUAAAGUUCUAGGUAGCCAAACACCUACAAGUGCAGGCUCAAGGCCAUUAAAAGCAACAAAGAAAUAUAAGGGAGCAGCAUCUAAAACAAGUAAAACUACAAAAGUCAAAAGUUAUCACAGAACAGAUGAGCAAAUCUCCCUUCAACUUGAGACAUACCGGGAUGGAAGCAUGUGUAGCUCAACAGAAAUAGAGCCUCUACCAAAGAAAUUUAUCAGGUUGUCAACACACGUCACCAUUGGAUUGCUUCAGAAGUUCUUGGCUUGGAAACUACACUUGGACUCUGAAAACAUG